AUGGACGCUUUCCGUGAUCAACGAGAAAAUCUUCAGCGCUGCUUUCAAGUUUUCGAGAGAUUCGUGGUUGGACGGCCAGCUGAAAGGCUGCUGAUUCUCACCGAUCAGAACAUCUACAUUCUUUCACAGAGCUUAACGACAGAUAAUCAGGAUACAAGCCAAGUACAAGAAAUGACGAGCAGCUCUCAAGUCGAGUAUCAUUCGCAUUGCGAGGCGGCUAUGGACGCAAUCGAUUACAUUGAAAUGACAGGUGUCAAAGUGUUGCUCCGGACUGGUCGAAAUUUGGGUCAAGACCCGGUGACGCGAAAGACGAGCCCGGGAAAAAAGGGCUGUACUUGUGCUUUGGUACUCUCCAGGGGUAUGAAUGGAAAUAUCAUCAACCUUCAAUCCACCAUCAUCUCUUCAAACAUGCAAAAACUGGCCGGUCUUCUUCUUGUGGCAUUCUCCGUCUUUGAACAGACAACAGCCCAAACAUGUUCUCCCGUGCCAUCCUCUGGUUAUUGGGUCAAUGCUGGACCUUAUAUCUUCGGUACCUGUCCGGAUCCAUCGACCACUUGCUAUGAUGAUGGUACUGGAGAUGCUUGCUGGAGAGCCACCUGUCAACCAUUGCCAUCCACUGUCACUUGGGGAGCCGGAGGACCAUCAAUCGGUGGCUGUGGCUCCGGCUUCACUUGUUACUAUGCGCCCGAUGCCUUCGGACCAACCUAUUCGGAUCAAUGCUUCUCCGAUUGUCCCCCCGUUCCCGCUGGAUACCCAUACACCGCUUAUGGACCUAACAUCAACGGAUGCAACGAUCCAGCAGCCCCCAACUGCUACUACUACAAUAACGACAAUCAAUGCUAUCCA